AGCGCCACCAGGCGGAUUAGUUCAACCUCAUUGAUGUUGUGACAAACGAUGUCUUGGUCAACCAGACGAUUGGACGGGUUAAUGACCAUCACAAAACCACCUUUAUUUUGGGGGGGUUAAUAUGGUUUUCAAUAAUAUUAUACCAUAUUACAGACGUGCCAUAUUGUUUAUUGUGUAGAUUAUAAAUAGUGUAUUUCACAUUUGUUGCAUCCCAAAAGCAUUAAAGAAGAUGGAGUGGCAGAUGAUGAAUUUAGAUGGCUUGGGGUCUUUACAGUCGUAUUUGGGUUAUGUAACACCAACAGGUUAUGAAACAUCUUCUGAAUGUGCAGAGGUAUUACAGGAGAUCAUUAUGAUUUUAAAAGACGAUGAUGAGACUCUAAGAUCACGACAAGUUCUUGCGACAUUAGAUAUAUUUCGUAAGGAUUUGGUGCCAAUUAUAAAAUCAACUGAUGAUUUGGAGAUUUUUGAAGAGGCCAUUCAUUUAAUGAAAUUAUUGACCGAUCCAUUGGAAUCUCUCGUCAGUCAUCCAAAUAAAAUACAGGGUGGUCUCAAGUUAGAUAUGGACAGAUUGUUUGAACAAACCAGAGCUUGCUGUAUUGACAAGAUGUUUAUCAAAGCUGUUGUUACCAUGAUAAAUACAACUACUAAAGUGUGUUCAAACCUACAGAAAGAUGUUCAGAUAUUAACCAUGGUGGAGAACUGUUUUAUGUUUUUGAGGAAUUUAUUACAUAUGACUCCUAAUAAUGAGAGAAAUACAGAUUGGAAGGCCAAUAUGCUUAUAAGGUUGAUAUUUGAAACCAAAUUCAGCGAUGUUAUUCUGAAAAUGUUGAGGAUGGAUGAAAAGGCCCGUUUCUGUUCAUCAAUAAGUCAGAUGUUAACACUGAUGUUUAAAGAUCAUGCUGAUAUGAUGUUGGAGGGAAAAUAUGCAGAAGAAGAUUGGUCAAGCUCUAAAUCUAAAUCUAGCCUACUCUUUGAUUUGUCAGACUUGAAAAUGGAAUUAUUAGAACCUAAAGCUGAUGAUGUUCUGAGUUCUGUGGAAAUAAAGCACCUGAAAGAAUUAUAUGCUUAUUUGGAUGGAUUUUGUAAAGAGUUUGUAAGUAAUGGCUUUAGUAGACUGGUCAGAUCUCUAUUGUCCAAUGUUUUGACGGAAAAUGGUAAGAACUUGGAUGAUACUUACUUUUUGUGGAUCGUUUCUUAUUUCAUGAAAUAUAUCAACUGUCAGACAUCUUUAGAUAAGACUAAACCCUGUAUUAUUGAACCAUAUUCCACGGAGUUGUGUUGUGCACUGGUAUAUCAGGCUAUUCAUAACUGUCAAAACUUGAUGGCACUUCAACAGAGAAAUUGCUGGAGUGCAUAUUGUCAACGAAGACUGCAUCUAACAGUUUGUGCCUUGUAUCAGAUGUUUAAACUAUUACAAAAUGAAGAUGCAUCGAUGGAACGAAUGCUAAUUGAUAUCGCCAACAUGAAAACCCUACAGAGAUUAUUCCUUCUGUUAUUAAAUCAGUUUAAACCACAUCUACAAGGAGUACUUUAUCUCUCAGAUGUCAUACAAACCAACCAUAUUUAUAUCCAAUUACUUGAUACCUGGAGUAAAAAAGAGUAUCUCACACCACAUUUUACUUUACAAAAACAUGUGUCAUUAUUUGCUAAGAAUAAAUUAAUGAGGACGUAUUCUUUCUCAUUGGGAAGUUAUGAGCAUAAUGCACCUGAGUUAAAUACAUGUAUUUUGACUUUGAUGCAUCAUAUGACUGGUAGUAUAGACAGUAUGGAGGUAUUGAUGCAGUUGCCGAUUAUUAUAAUAUUUGGACAGAUGUGGGAAAAGGGCGCCUGUCAGGAAUUUACACAUCUGAUCGAACUUGUUCUACAUAAAUUUAUUUCCAAGUCUGGUGCUAACCCUGAUCAAAUGGCACAUGAAUUAUUUGAAGCAGGACAAGACUCGUCUGUGAGUCAAAGUAUAUUAAUUGAACAAUGGACUGAUGAAGAAGAAGACUUGUUGAUGAGUUUCCUGGCUGGUGAUGAUGAUGAAAACCUGAUGGUGGAUAAUAUUGUCCAACAUUUUACAGAAAAUGGAAUUGAGAAAACACCAUACGAAGUAGCUAAACACCUUUCUAAAACUGGCUUGUUAACUGAUCAGCUUCUUGUGAAUGUUCAAGAAAUACUGGAAGAGAAAAAUGAUAGUUUUGAUGCAUCUGAAGAAUUUAACGACUUAGAUGCUGAUGAGCUAAUAAAGAAAAUAGUUGAAAAACUGAAAUCUGAUGGCAAUGAAUGUGUUACAUGGCUACAAGAGAGAUUGUUAGAAACGGCUCGAGCCAAAUCAUAUACAAAUGUACCAAUGGGAGAAUGGCCUGAUCCACUACCUUACUCCUAUUUAUCCUUGAAGAAAUCAGUACCAUUGGUAGCUUUUACUGAAGAAGAAGAAAUUUAUUUGUCGAAUGAGCUGCUAUCACAGCUUCUGAUCCUACUCCAAAUUGAAAUGCCUGAAGCUGGAGAGAAAGUAUUUCCACUGAUCCCCUAUGAAUGGAAAUUGUCUACAUUGAUUGGGAAAGCGGAGAAACUUGGCGAAGUCAGUGAAGAUGAUUUAGAUUUGUUGUCCUUUAUUUCUGAUGAAGACAUGGAGCAGACGUCAUUAAGUUCUUCACCCACACAGUUCUUAAUGGAAGAUGAUGAAAGUAAAUCGGAAGUUUCAAAGAAACCUGCAAAGGGAGAUGACGUAAAUUGGAUGAAAUAUGUCCAACAUCUCAACAGUUUGAAUUAAAAAUCUUAUUUCAACAUCAUGCAUUUUUAUUUAAUUGUAUUUUUGGUAAAGUAAACCAUUUGUGAUUUUUGUCAUUGUACUGUAUUUGAAUAUAUGUUUAUUAUUAAUCAUAAAUUGAAAUGGCAAUGAAUGCUGAGUAAUUUAAUAAGUUAUACAAACUCAAUUAAUAGUGCUAUAAAUUAAAAUGACCAGACUUCUUUGAUUUUGGUUUUAAUAUAAAAUUAUCAGUUUUAUUAAGUUUUAUAUGUUGACUUUUUGAGUGGAAUGACAGUCAUAUUAAUUAAUGUAUCUCAGACUGGGAAAGCAAAAUAAUUAACACAUCUCAAACUGGAAAAGCAUAUUAAUGAACACAUCUUGAACAGGAAAUGCAUAUUAAUUAACACAUCUCGGACUGAAAAGCAUAUUAAUGAACACAUCUUGAACUAUAAAAGCAUAUUAAUUAACACAUCUCGAACUGGAAAGCAUAUCAAUUGACAAAUUCUGGACUGGAAAAGCAUAUUAAGACUGAAUUUUAUUAACUGGUAGUCAUAAUUUGAUUGGUUAAUCAAAUGUCUGACUGCAUAGAUCAAAAGCCGCUUGUAUGAUCCCUUAUGGGACCUCCCACUACAACUGGUCAGAUCUUCAUGCAGUAGAGGCCAUCGAAAGUAUAAAAAAACAAAACGAAAUAUAGAUCUGUGUUUUAACCAGAUUGUAAUCUCUAAUAUAUAAACAAAAUAAUAUUUAUACUCGUAUAAUGAAAGUUUGGUUGGAGAGUUUGUUAUGGAAAGGUCAGUAAUGACAGUUGUUAUAAUGAUGUUAUCAAGAUAGAUAUAAAUAUAUAGGUCAAAUGUUUUAUGGAGGCUGCAAUUUGAAAAAAAAGUUUUGUAUUGUAAUGUUAAUAUAUCUGAACAAUGUUGUGCCUACUAUAAAAUAUAUUUCUGUCAUGUGUCUUAUUGCUGACAAAGCAUGAGUAAUUUUAUCAGGUUUUGUUUGAUUGCAACAAAUUCUAGCUUUUCAGGUUAUUUGUAAUGGAUUAGAUUAGUGUUUAUCUGCAGGGAAAUAGAAUUUGUUUUAAUCUAAGACAUCCUGUAGUUUUUACCGUAUAUUUAUAUCAUAAAUACCACAUAUUCAACAUAAAUGUUUAAUAUAAUGUUAAUUGUUUGUGCAUAUUUAAAACUAUUACAAGAACUUUUUAGUGACAGUUGCAAAAUUUCAAACAAAUAACCCUCGGAUAGAUCUCUGUUUAUACAUGCCGUUGUGUCGUUCACAAGUUCCAUGUGGUUAUUUGUAUGGACACAAGUGUUGAGAUUUUGCGAUUGUCCCUUAGCAAUAUGUAUAUCAUCAUAAUAAUGUCCACAUGUAUUAUGUAAAUUAUGAUUUUACUUCCAUUCAUUAACUGCAUUCAAUUCAAUUUUGAAAUUUUCUUUGCAAAAUUCUUUCUCUUUUUUUUUUUUAAACAUCAAAAUAAAAAUUCUAUUAAUUUGGUCUUGAUAAAAAAGGAGAAAGAAUUCUUAAAAAAAUAAAAAUCAUUAUGCAUGCAUAAUAUUUUGUGACAGCAUUACUUUAAUUCUUUUGAAUCCUAAAUGUUGACAUUAUUGCAGUUAUUUACAUCAUGGACGGUUUAACGUCCUACUUUUCUGAACCAAUCGGGCUAAUGAAUACGUACAGUGUCAUAUGAGGUAAAUUUUGUCCACUCUUAUUUCAAAUGCAAGGUUUCUUUUACAUGGAUGCCAACGUCUGCACGGCACUUGAUUUUUAUACGCCCACAUUUAAAUGUGGUUGUAUAUUGUGGUCGCCGCGUACAUACGUCCGACGUUCCGGCAUCCACAAUUGCUUGUGGACGCUCUAGAGACUAAAGUUAAUAUCCAAUUGACUUUAAAUUUAUACACAGUGUUUAAGGUCAAGGGAUGAAGAAAAUCCAUUGAUUUUCAACUGCCAGAAUUGAUCACUUUGAAAAAUCUUGUGGACAAUCUAGAUGGUAAAGUUAAUAUCUGAUUGACUUUAAAUUUAUAGACUGUGUUUAAGUUCAACAGACGAAGAAUCAUAUUGAUUUUCAACAAUUUCCAAUAAUUACUGCCAGAUUUAUGGCCCUUGAUCACUUUGAAAAAUCUUGUGGACACUCUAGAGGCUAAAGUUAACAUCCGAUCGACAUUAAAUUUAUACACACUGUCUAAGGUCAUGAGACGAAGAAGCCUUUUGAUUUUCAACGAUUUCCGAUAAUUACUGCCAGGGUUAUGACCCUUGAUCACUUUGUGGACACUAUAGAGGCUAAAGUUAAUAUCCAAUUGGCUAUGAAUUUAUACAGUGUUAAGGUAAUGAUGAAGAUUUUCAACAAGUUCCAAUAAAUACUGCCAGAGUUUUGGCCCUUUGAAAAAUCUUGUGGAUGCUUUAGAGACCAUAGUUAUCAUCUGAUUGAUUUUAUAUUUAUACAAAGACCACUACGCGCAAACAAAUUAUUGAAAUAUAAUUAAACCAUUUCAGUCCCGAAAUGACCUAGUUUGUGUUGAGUGGACGUUAUAGAUUGGUAUACAGGGUUUAAGGUCUUGAGACGAACAAGUAUAUUCAUUUUCAAUGAUGUUUGAUAACUUGAACAGCUAAAUCCAUGAUAUUAAGUGUUUUGUAUACUAAAUGUUAGCAUAGGCCAAACAAAUUCUAAUGAUUUUCUGAUAAUUACGUAAUGAGUAGUUACUCUUAAUUAGAUUUUAAUGUAUUAUAAAUGUUUCAUUACCGACAAAAGUAAAAAUAUGCGACAACUCUUGUUGACUGCCCGGACGAUUUAGCUGCUGUGGGUGUAUGUUUCAUUGCCUGGCAACCUAUCUUUCUGUCCCAUCUGAAUGACUGGACCCUCUGUCCUGCAUCACUGACAAGGGGAAACCGCCCCAGAAAUCCUGGUUAGUGAACUAGCGCCUCACUCACUGAUCCACUGCAGCUCUGUGGUCACUUGUAGUUCAACAACAGAUUUUCCUUUCGCUAAAUUGACUUUUUUCCCAUUGUAUGGAUAAUUAAUAUUUGCUUAGUCAACAGCUCAAAACAAGGAGGUUUACUUUUAACAUUCUUCCAAGCUAAAUUAUCAAUUUGUUUUCCACAUGUUGUGAAUAUAACCUGUUUUAUGACCUAAAUUACUCUGAAGAUUACUUUGAACAAAAUUUACACAAAGUUGUGUUGAUUUGGUUGUGAUAUAUGUUACAACACUGUAAUCUAGGCUAACGUGUGAUUUGGAAGAUGAUCCUUAUAAAUCUUUUUUAUUAUUUAUCAUUAAUGGUAUUUUGCUGUCUUUUUUUGUCUUAAAAAAUUUCUACAUUCAGCUAAAAAUGGCAUAACGGUAAAUGUCUUUGGUUUGGGUAAAAAAAUAUAAGCAUCUAUUAAGUUAAAUUUGUUGGGGUUUUUUUUCUCAAGAGCCAGUAUUGAGAUACAACUUAUAGUUUUGUUCAACAGUUGGAGUUUAAGCCAAAUUAGUAAAUGAACUGACUAAUGCAGAUCUUACCCUAUGAAUGAUCGAAAUAAUACAUGAGAUCAUUACAAUUCUACAUUUUAUUUUUACCUAAAUAAUAAUAAUAUCUCUUAACAGUUGCAUAAUAUAGUAAUCAUUUAUUGGGGAUAUAUAUAUUUAGUAUUUGAUUGAAUUUUUAAAACUUUACACCCUUAAUAUUGUUUUUAAAAAAAAAACCAUGUUUGUCUUGAUUUGUACUAAUCUUAUAUUGUUAUAAAGAGAUUCUUCAACCAACUCCAAGGUAAUAUUUUUAGUAAUCGGUUGUUGUUUUUUUUAUGAAAUUAAUUUUUCCCCUUGAUAUUGUUUACAUCACAUUUUGUAAUUAGUUUUUUCUAACCUAUAUUGUUAUAAACUUGUCAACUGAUUUUUUUUUUAAUCAUAAUAUUAAUAUAUUGAAGUAUAUUUUUGGAAUCAUAAUAUAUGGUUUAAACUACAUAUAUAUGUAGUUUCAUAGAUUCGCUACUUAUGUCAUUGUUUAUUACUAAAUCAAAAAUGGUUCUCUCACUUUAUUUAUCAAUGUUGAUAUAGAUUUCUACAUGUUUAAAUUCAUAUUAAAUUAUUUGAAGGCUGUUACCAAGAUACAGAUGUUUUCAGUAGUUGAAUACAACUUGUACAGAGUCAACAGUUAUAUAAAGCAAAUAAUGACGUGUUCAUGCAUUAAGCUGCCUUAACUAAACCUCGGAGGUAGAAUAAUGUCAAUUAUUUCAUCAAAUUGUUCCCUUUUAAAGACAAGUUUAUCUCCUAUUUUGGGUCUUCAAGAUAUCUUGUUCCCUUUUGAAGACCUUUUUAUCUCAAAAUUGUGGUCGCUAAAUGGUGUAUAAAAUGGUAAUAAAAUGUAAAUUUACCCGAUAUUGAUAUUAUCUGACCACCUCAAUUCUUUCAUGUUGACAUUCAAAUUCAAACAUGUUUGAAAUUCAAAAGAAGCCUAUUAAAUUCAACAAUUUCCAUUAAUUACAUCUAGAGUUAUGGUCCAUGUUUAGUUUGUAGAAUCUUGUGAACUCUAUGACGACAAAAGAUAUCAUCCUAACUGUUUGAAAGAAUUUAUAUGCAUACCCGGCAGUAUAAACUAGUCAAAUGAACAAACUUCAACAAUUUCUGUUCAAUACAUCUAGAGUUAUGGCCCUUGUUUCACUUUGUAUAAUCUUUUAAAAGCUCUAUUGACGCAAGUUAUCAGCUGAUCUGCUUGAAAGUUAUAUGCAUUGUUCACAUAAGUGAAACAAUUUCAACAUUUUCUGAUAAUUACUGAUAGUGUUAUUGCCCUUGAUUAUGUCAACAUUCAACUUUUUAUUUACUGAAUCACAAUUGGACUGCCGGGAUGACUUGGCUGCUAUGGACAUGUUUUGUUGCCCGGGAACUUAUCUUUUAAAAUCAUAUUAAAUUUUUAAUCUAUAGGUUACAUGUGUUAAAUUGUUAUAUUGUUUUGUUAAAAAUGUAUGAAAUAUAUUCCAAAUAUUAUGUUGUUAGCUUCAUGGAGUAAAUAAAAGUAUAAAAAUUA